GCUGGCGCACGUCGACGGAACCUCCGCGGGCUGCAACGGAGUCGGAGUUGGCGUCCACGUUGAACCGAAGGUUGGGGAGGACAUGGGGAAGGAGGGCGGAGGGGCAGAAGUCGAGGAGCGUAACAAGGGAGGAGACUGCAGGCCAGAUCUGGAAGGAGAGUCCCUGUGAGCGGAUCUGGCAGACAAGCACCGUGGAUUGGAUGGAGCUCAAAUGGUAGCGCCACUCGCCGCUCGCCUCCCCACCAAAUGCCGCAGCCUCGUCGUCGCAGUUUUGGUCCAUCCUCUGAAGAACAAAACCCUUCUCUUCGACUUACGCUAACGACAUGGCCGGUUCAGAACCCGUGGAAGUACCGUUGCCCCGGUUGCUCUCUCCUUACCUGUAGCUUACCCUGUGUCAAGUCACACAAGCAGCGAACCAGCUGCACAGGAAAGCGGAACCGGACCGACUUCGUCCCCCUUUCCCAGUUCGAUGACAGUCUCCUCCUCUCCGAUUACAGCUUGUUGGAGGAGACGAAGAGGCUGGUGGAAUCGGCUCAUCAGGCGAUUUCUGGGUUCGGUAGCAACAUCAGGUUUCAGCUUCCGAUGAGGCUGCACAUGCUCCGGAAUGCCGCUAAUCGUCGGAGGACUCGGCUUUUGGUCCUUCCACAGGGCAUGUCCAUGAGACGGAACAACCAGUCUCGCUACUACAGGAGGAACAAUUGUAUAUAUUGGACUGUGGAGUGGAGGUUCAGUUCAACAGAUAUUAUUUUAAUGGACCAUGAGUAAGUUUCUAAAUGCAAUAGUUGCUGUUUCAUGGAAAGAGGCUUGAUUUUACUACAUAUCUUUGCCAUUAUAUGUGUAAAUUGUUGUUGCUAAUAAUUUUGAAUGGUUGCUGUGGUUGGAAACUUCAGCCUUUUGUUUCGUUGUACUUAAAUCAGAAACUUGAAGUGUAAUGCUUCUUUUC